ACUACCAUAAUAUCCACUAUAUCCGACCAAUUGAAGUACCCGGCUACACUGACACGAGCCGAGGGAGGCCCACCGCUUUGAUCAGACGGAAAAGUAAGAAGCUAAACAUUUUUACCCGCCUUGGACCAGCUCGAAACUACGACCACAACACAGAGUUUUGAGCAGAAAGUGCGACACCGUUUGAUUUUUCUUUGAGAAUGUGGCGAUAAACCUGAGGUUAGAGAGAAGAAGAAAAAAAGGCGGAUUGCGGCUCAUUGAACGAUCAACAAGUUGAAGUGUGUUUGAUGGAGAGAACUACAUGAAAUCCCCUCCGCCACAACAGGAACAGAGGACGAGCAGCAGCAGCAGAGAGGAGACAUUUUAAGACGACGGUACCCGCAUACAGUGAAGUGAAGAGAGAUGUUGUCUCAGCUGAGAGAGCAGAUAUGGGCCGAUUGGAUUUGGUUUCCAGAAGGCCACGGCUGGGCUGACCUGAAAGACCACGAUGGUCAUGUUUUCCCUAAAACAGGGGACCUCUGGGCUACUAUACCCAUCGCUUUCUGCUUCCUGGUCUGCAGACAGAUAUUCGAGAGGACAGUAGCGACUCCUCUUGCCUCCCUGUUGGGAGUGAGUGACAAGCAGCGUGUUCGUGCUCCACCAAAUCCCGUCCUGGAGUCCUAUUUCUGCAGCACAUCAAAGCAUCCCACACAGAGCUCCAUAGAGAGUUUAAGUAAACAGGCGGGCUGUUCAGUGCGACAGGUCCAGAGGUGGUUCAGGCGGCGGAGGAACCAGGACCGGCCAAGCAAGCUCAAAAAAUUUCGGGAAGCAAGUUGGAGAUUUACCUUUUACCUUCUUGCUUUCUUUGCUGGCCUGGCAGUUCUUAUUGACAAACCAUGGCUGUAUGAUAUGAAGCAGAUGUGGGAUGGCUUCCCGAAAAUGCCACUGUUGCCUUCACAGUACUGGUACUACAUGAUCGAGCUAGGCUUCUAUCUCUCGCUGCUUUUUAGCGUAGCAUCGGAUGUCAAACGUAAGGAUUUCAAAGAGCAGAUAAUUCACCAUGUAGCCACCAUCGCUCUCAUCAGUUUUUCCUGGCUGGUCAACUACAUCCGGGCAGGGACUUUGAUCAUGUUAGUGCAUGACGCCUCCGACUAUUUAAUGGAGUCAGCCAAAAUGUUCAACUAUGCAGGUUGGAGGAAAACCUGCAACUUCAUCUUCACAGUGUUCGCUGCAGUUUUCAUCAUCACCCGCCUCAUAAUCCUCCCCUUCUGGAUCAUAUACACGACGUGGGUGUACCCCCUGACCCUCUAUCCCCCCUUCCUCGGCUUCUACUUCUUCAACGGGCUAAUGUUUGUGCUACAGACUCUGCACAUCUUCUGGGCUGCGCUCAUCUUGCGCAUGGUCGUCAAAUUCCUGCCAGGCAAUGAUAUCGUAGAGGACGAGCGCAGUGAUAAAGAGGAGACGGAGUCAGAAGAGGAAGACAACGAGCAGAGAGAAAAGUUUAGGAACGGCCACGUGCAGAACGGCCACACUGUCCUCAACAACAACCACAGUAAGAAGGACUGAUCGGACUGAGAGAUGAGGCUGUGUGAGGAGUGACGAUGGGCCCUCACAUGUGGCCUUACCUGAAAAGCCAAAGAACGGGAGCGUGGCAUGUCUAAAGGGGCAACAGGCGGCAGCACACACACAUAUGCAUUUUUACCCUCCUUUCUGAAACCCUGCUAAUCCAGUGUGGGUAAUUUUACUUCUCUGUGGAUUACAUUGAAUUAAACAGAGAGAGGAAGACUGCGGUGGAGAACCACAAUGAUCUGCUUAGCACCUAAGCAGCAGAGUGGUUAUCUCAUUAAACACACACCUUCUCUUCUUUUCUCUCCCCUCCAGUCUCUUUUGCUUUUUGCCAGCAUUUUGUGCUGUUGACCAAGUUGCCACAUGCCAGAUCUGCCUGCUUGUAGCUUUAUGUUUUGUUCCUGGAGGCGUUUUAAAGAGACGCUGUGGUUAGGACGGGCACUCCCUUCCUGCACAGUCAGUUAAAACUCCUCCAAGUAUUACCGCCCUUAAACUUGACUGAUUUUGUUUUGCUCUAAGUAACCACACUGAAGUCAGUGACACGGUGAGGAGCUCUAAGGUGAAUGAUGUCUUUCUAUGGACCAUAACCUGAUUUACGUCUAUUUACUGAAGUAUCAGUUAAUAACCAACUUGUGCAAGUUAGUUAUUGCAGCUGCCAGUUUGUCACUUUCUAAAAAUAUAUUUGUUCCAGUAAUGUUUAAAACAAAGUAAUUGGAGUAUCUUUUUUUUUAACAGUCUGAAAAAAGUGCGAGAAGGUGCUACAUCCGCCACGUGUGUCUGAAAUGUGCCUUGUAUGGAAGUUUGUCUUAAAUGCUUUGCCUUUGUGGGAAGCAGAAUGCACAGAGAUCAUUUUUAAAUGUUUUGUUGAUGCUUAAUAUCUUUUUAGUUUUGUGAUUUUAUUUUUGCUUUGUUUUCAGUCCAGUCGACAGUUUAAAUUUGGGAGCAAUUAGUUUGAGCGUAACCCAAACCAAUCAGCAACUGUUUAUGAAUUCUUUAUGGGCUGAAGAGUCAAUAGCAUUUCCAUUCAGUGUUGUUUUUCCCAUCCAUCCGAAGAUGCACUUUAUGGUUUCUCCUAUAGAUCAGCAUCGACUAAAUAUAGUAAACAAGCAUAGUUAUGGUGUUUAAUUUCACUUCAAACCUGAUUUCUUUUUAAGUUCAGAGAGUAUGAUUUCAAUUUUGUUUCAUAUUUAUUCUCGAUAUUACACCUGAGAUCUUCCUCAUUGUCAGUGUUUUGGUUCAUUUUGUAGAAAGGAAAAAAAAAAUAUGUUUAAUGAAUUCUCAAGUAAAGAGGUAAAAAUGAAACACCAAAGUAUGGUUUACAUUUUGUACUACCUUGUCAUUUUCAAGUGCCUUCAUCAUUUCAAGUGUUAAAUGUAAAGAGAAAUGUUAUAUUUCUGUCCCUUUUGUCUUUAUUUCUGCUGUCUUUGUGCCCCAACACGUCCAACACUCCAUGCACUGUAAUGCUCUGGGCCUCUAACUUUCCCUGCCUCGGCUCACGACGACCAAUCACCUGCAGCGGCUCCCUCUAAAGAGCUUUGUGUUUUUAUUCUGCAUUGUGUUGCUGAGAUGUAAAAUCAUAACGACGACGAUAAAGAUAAUUGUGGAUGACUA